GGCCCAGAGUUGUCUCAGACCACAGACACUGUGCCGACCAACGCGUCCGGCAAUCCUGUCUCUGCACCAUCCGGCACAAAGAGUUCAAGAUGUGCGGAUAUAGAACUCUGGAUGUCUCAGACCACAGGCACUGCUGCUGUACAUAUGCCGACCAACGCUUCCAGUAAUAUCCUACGCCGCGUAUCAUCCAACCUGAAAGGUUGUGUGGUGGUGAAGACAGGGCCCAGAGUUGUCUCAGACCACAGCCACCUGUGCCGACCAACGCGUCCGGCAAUCCCGUCUCACACCAUCCAGCACAGAGUUGUUGAUCUCUCUGCCACACAACCUGCGAAAAAAACUCAAUAUGGGAACAAAACCUGUUAUGAGAUAAAGAGUCAUACGUCCCGAAAUGUACGUAGUAAAAGGGAGCCAGACAUCGUUGAUCGCGGCGGUUGGCUAAAGCUAAUGGUCAGUUCUCGAUAA